AUGCAAACGGCAACGAUAGUCGCAAAAAGAAUGGUGAAGAACCCGACUAAGAGAUUCAGGCCGGUCAGCGCAUUCGCCGAAGCAUCUGGUAAGGGUGCACUUGAAAUCGGCUCACUAAAUUCGGUGAGGGAUGAACUGGGAAGGGGAGCGCUCUCUGUGACCCCCUCGGUGCUUGCUGUGAUGGUGAUCUGUUCCGGAACAUUGGUUGGUGUUGGAGAGGCUGAAAGGUCUGAGGUUUGGGUUGUCACUGGAGUUGGAGAGGCAGUCGGCACCUGUGAAGAAGUUGAAGUCACUGUUGACGCGAUGGAGGAGCUGGCGGAGGAAGGUGAUGCAGUUCCGGUGGCUUGGGCGCUUGGGGUCGAGGUCAAUGAAGUUGUGGUUGAAGGGGUUCCGGUUGACUGGUAG